GGGGCGGGGCCGCGGGGAGCCCCUCAGGCGGCGGCGGCGCCGCCAUGUCCGUGGCGUUCGUGCCCGAGCGGCUGCGGGGAAAGGCAGAGGUGAACCAGGACACCCUGCAGAGGCUGCUGGAGGAGAACGACCAGCUGAUCCGGUGCAUCGUGGAGUACCAGAGCAAGGGCCGCGCCACCGACUGCGUGCAGUACCAGCAUAUCCUGCACAGAAACCUCAUUUAUUUAGCCACAAUUGCGGAUGCCACCCCGCCCAGCACACAGAAGACUGCAGACUGACUGACACCUGCACAGAGCACUGCUGCUUUCAGACUGUAGAAAUACUUAGUUUAGAGUCCAGCUUUGUGGUCUUAAAAGGCAGGUAAAAAGUGAUCUGUACUUGUGUGUUUAAAAUGUGACUGUAUGUAGUAUUAGGCUAGCUCUUCCUCUGUUACGGUAAUCAACACAGCUUAAGGGUGAUUAAUAAUGAUCACAGUGCCUUUUUCCCCUCUGAAGAACUCAGUGCAGUGUACUUUGAGCACAGGCAGACAGCACUGCUGGAAGCAGAGCCUGUUUUAUGACUAAGGUUCUGCAGUAACAGGGUAAGCACUUCACCAGGUGACUGCUACCUCCAGCAUGUGUUACCAUAUAUAGAGCCAUUUGUGUUCUGUAUCAGAAUUGUGCUGAAUAAAGAUGUUCUUUGUAAACUGUA